GAACUUAUUGCAAGUUUAAAUAAUAGUGAUCAGACGAAUAUCACCCCUUAUUUGGACGUACAACUUUUAUUGACAAAAUAUAAACAGGCUAAAAGUCGUUUAUUAUUAUUCGAUUAUGAUGGUACGCUUACACCGAUUGUAAGAAUGCCGAGUCAAGCUAUACCUCCACCAGAUAUGCUCGAAGCUUUGCAAAAACUAGUGGAUGAUCCAAAAAAUACUGUAUGGAUAAUAUCUGGACGCGGUCAAGAUAAAUUAGAGGAAUGGCUUGGUGAUAUCAAGAAACUCGGUUUUAGUGCUGAGCACGGUUGUUUCCUUAGGUAUCCUGAACAAGACAAGUGGAUCAAUCUCACCGAAGAUAUUGACAUGAGCUGGCAAAAUGAUGUUAAAGAGAUUUUCACUUAUUUCACUGAACGUACACAAGGUUCAUCUAUAGAAUAUAAACGAUCUUCAAUUACAUGGCAUUAUCGUCAAGCAGAUCCUGAAUAUGGUGCAUUCCAAGCUAAAGAAUGCCAAAAUCAUUUGGAAGGAGCAAUUCUACCAAAAUUACCUGUAGAAAUCUUGUUAGGCAAGAAAAAUCUUGAAGGUGAAAUUGUGAAACGCUUGUUGACAAACAUGCAAAACGUAGAUUUCGUGUUCUGUGCGGGUGAUGACAAAACGGACGAAGAUAUGUUCCGAGUACUGAAAAGGGCACCUGACUUUAACGAGAUAGAUUAUUUCACAACUACCAUUGGAGCUCCAAAUAAAAAGACAUUAGCAAGUUGGCAUGUUUCUUCACCUGAAGAAUUAAUUCAAACUAUGAAAAAAUUAGCAGAUUCUAAUUAA